UUAAAUGCCAACCAAAUUAAUUUGAUCUGGUUUAAUUCAUUUGCAGAAUUGGUAAAUAAUAUCUAAAAUGACCAAUCCAAUAACAGAGCAAAUCCCCGCAUAAUAUCGUCGAACACCUGGAGCGCAAUUGACAAAAACUCCUCCAAACAUGUCUAUGACUCGAAUUAUGUCGGCUCUCCUCACACGAACUCAUUCCUUUUCUUCUUCGCGGGCUCCCGUCUCCACCACUUUUGCUUCUUCACUCUCCGUGAAACCAAAGAUUUCAUAUCAGAAUGAUUGCGGAGGCCAUGCAAGGAAGUUGCAUCUCUUGGAUCCUCGGCUUUGGAUUAUCUUUUCUGGACAAGCCGCAAUUCUUGGGUUUUGUGGGAACGUUGCAUUGGCAGAGGAUGAUCCUAUUAAGCCAAGAUCUGGAGAUAGUACUGAUGGGAGUGGGUUAGAAAGAAUUGAGGACGGCUCGGUUGUGUCUAAUAUACACACAUCUAAGUGGAGGGUGUUUACUGAUAGUGGGAGAGAACAUUUCUUUCAGGGGAAACUGGAGCCGGCAGAGAGGCUUUUCGGUUCGGCAAUUCAGGAAGCCAAGGAAGGUUUUGGAGAGAGGGAUCCACAUGUUGCAUCUGCAUGCAACAAUCUGGCAGAGUUAUACAGAGUUAAGAAAGAAUUCGACAAAGCAGAGCCCUUAUACCUGGAAGCUGUUAGCAUACUGGAGGAGUACUAUGGUCCUGAAGAUGUGCGUGUUGGUGCUACUCUACACAACCUUGGACAGCUUUAUCUUGUCCAGCGAAAACUUGAGGAAGCUCGUUCUUGCUACGAGCGUGCUUUAAAGAUGAAAAGACGAGUCCUGGGACAUAAUCAUCCGGACUAUGCAGAGACAAUGUAUCAUCUUGGAACGGUAUUACAUCUGCAAGGAAAAGACACAGAUGCGGAGGCUCUUAUCCUGGAUUCUCUUAAAAUACUUGGGGAUAAUGGUCAAGGAGAGUCAAUGACAUAUAUUAGGAGACUGAGAUACCUUUCUCAGAUAUAUAUACGAUCCAGUCGUCUGGCUGAUGCUGAAAACAUACAGAGGAAACUAUUGCACAUGAUGGAAUUAUCAAAGGGAUGGAACUCAAUGGAGACAGUAAUUGCAGCUGAAGCAUUAGCGGUUACUCUACAAUUAUCUGGGCAGCUGAGUGAAGCUCAAGAACUGUUUGAAAAGUGUCUCAAUACCCAAAAGAAGUUACUUCCAGAAGGACACAUCCAGAUAGGUGGAAACUUUCUGCACAUGGCGAAGACAUUUAUGCUUCAGGCUACUCAGUUGAGAGGAACUGAUAACAGUGAAGCUCUAUCUAAACUAGAGAAAGCAAAGAAUUAUCUUGGAGACUCAUCUAGGAUAGCAAAAGACGUUCUGCUUAAGCUGAAAAACCAAAAGGGCAAAGAGCAGAAACAAGGAAAAUCCAGUGAGACUUUGAGGAAUUAUGAACACGCAGCUUUAGUCAUAUUGCUACGAUCUCUUGAGAGUCUUGCAGUUCUGGAGACGAGCAAAAAUGAGAUCCCGGAGGCAAAGGAAAGGGACCCACAUGCAGCUGAAGAUGCACUUCUCCAAUGUCUUUCAGCUUAUAAAGAGUUUGGUUGUGGAAGUCAGCUGCAAGAUUCUCCGGAAGUAAAGACCGAAUACGUUACGUGUCUUAAGCAUCUCUCAGUUUUAUUAGCCAACAAAGAGACGAUGGAGGCAAGUCCUAUUUCUAUAGCAGAGCUGAAGGAAGAAGUAAAGCGUAUUGAAAUGGAUCUUCUUGGUUCGCAUAAGAAAGGAAGCUAAAAGCUGUUUGUGAAGGAAAGACAGAGUAUUUUUUUUUUCUUCUUAGAAUCUUUAGAUCGAAUAAAAAGAUUAUACAGGAUGAAGAACUGACGUUAUCUUCACUCUAUUAUGUUAAAAUGUCUCGUGUGAGAGAAAAGAGACCCAUGUGAUUGCACGUGUUGGAUCAUAUAAUCUAUAAAACGGCGUAGUUUUUGUUUAAGCAUA